CUCGUCUCGUCUCGUCUCGGGGGAGUCGCGCGCUGAUCCCGAGAUCCACCGACCACCACGCCCACCGCGGGGGGGUCCGCGUUCACAUGAGGCGCGCCCCGUCGCCCCCGCGCCGGCCGCGCUGAUUGAUCAGGGGGGUGGUGGUGCGGCGGACCGCCACCAGAUCCCGGCGGCGAUGGAGGCGGCGGCGGAGGAGCGGUGGGCGUCGCUCUGCAACUGCGUGGUGAACUUCCUGCUGGAGGAGAGGUACCACCUCACGGCGCUCGAGCUGCUGCAGGAGCUGCAGGAGGACGGCCGCCACGCGCACGCGCUCCGCCUCCGCUCCUUCUUCUCCGACCCUGCGGCCUUCCCGCCCGACCUCGUCGCCCGCGCGUCCUCCGCGCCGCCCGGUGCUGACCCACAGAGCUUGCUAGAAGAGAAAAUAGCGGCAGAAGAAAAGUUGGCCCUCACUGAUUAUGAUCUCCGACUAGCCAAAGAAGAUCUUUCCAGGUUGAAGCUUGAGUUACAAAAGCAGAAAGAAUUGUCUCCCGAUGGCUCAAAUGCUACUGGGCCUCUUUCAGAUGCUUCGACAAAUGAGGGAUCUAGCCAACAUGACAAAAGAGAUGCCAAAAUUUCAACAUUAGGCCCUCUUAAGGACAAUGAACGGAAAGAUCUGAACUGUGCUGUCAAAGAAUAUUUGCUUUUAGCUGGGUAUCGACUUGCAGCCAUGACUUUCAUUGAGGAGGUUCCUGAUCAGGACCUUGAUGUUUGGAUUAACAGUUCAGCUUGUGUCCCUGAUGCCCUACGUCGUUACUACUACCAAUACCUUUCAUCUACCACAGAGGCUGCAGAGGAAAAGAUUUCUAUUCUCCGUGAAAAUGAGACACUGCUGAAGGACAAUGAAAGGCUUAGUGCUGAAAAGGACUCUUUGCUGAAGAACAGGGAAGUGGCUAAUAGUCAGACCGCUGCUUUAAGAAAGUCUUUGGAAGCUGCACACAAGGACAUCAAAGAGAAGGAGAAAACGGUUCAAGACUUGAAGCAAUCAUUGGAAAUCCAGAGGAAGGAGCUGAAUGAUUGUAGAGCUGAAAUUACGUCCCUUAAGAUGCAUAUUGAAGGGACUCGAUCAAGUAAACAAUUAUCUGCUGGAGAUACCGAUGGUUUUAGUUCCGCCAAUUCUAUGGGAGAAGCAGUAGUGCUGAGUAGUGCACAUGACAAUCUAAAAGGAUCCGAAUCCAUAACAAGCAAGUUAACAUCGGAGGUGAGUCUAGGUGAGGGCACAAAGAAAGAUCAUGAAAGUAUGGGAAGUGGCGUUGAAUGUUCCCCAGGUCCAGAAGCAGCAGUUCCCUGCUCAACUGCCGAGGAUAGUGGCAAUGGCACUUCAGGUGAAGAUAAAUCUGGCAGAAACAUUUGCUUUGAAGAUUUGUCUGUAAAUGGCAAUCUGCAUGGAGCUGGGAAUAUCAAGGGGGAUUCAGAUAGCAUAUCUGCUUAUCUACCUGAAGAUAAAGUUCAUAGCGAGAAAGUAGAGAGUCCAUGUAAACAAAAAUCAUCAGAUAAGAUGGCUUUGGAGACUAUCAAAAUAGUUUCGGAUGCUCUCCCAAAGAUUGUUCCUUAUGUGCUUAUAAACCAUCGUGAGGAGCUUCUUCCGUUGAUCAUAUGUGCUAUAGAGAAACAUCCAGAUAGUGAUGUACGUGAUUCCUUAACUCAUACAUUGUUCAAUCUGAUCAAACGUCCUGAUGGACAACAGAGACGCAUCAUAAUGGAUGCUUGUGUGGAGCUUGCUAAGAGUGUAGGUGAGAUGAGGACAGAAACCGAGUUACUUCCACAAUGUUGGGAACAGAUAAAUCACCAAUAUGAGGAGCGUAGGUUGCUUGUUGCUCAGUCUUGUGGGGAAAUAGCAGUAUAUGUUCGUCCUGAGAUACGUGAUUCCCUUAUAUUAUCCAUUGUGCAACAACUUGUUGAAGAUUCUGCAACGGUUGUAAGGGAAGCUGCAACACAUAACCUUGCAUUGCUGCUUCCUCUGUUUCCAAACCUGGAUAAAUAUUAUAAGGUUGAGGAGCUAAUGUUCCAGUUGGUCUGUGACCCUUCGGGGGCAGUCGUGAAUGUUGCUCUCAAGGAACUUGUUCCUGCCAUAGUAAGAUGGGGAGAUAAACUGGAUCAGAUAUUGAGAGUCUUACUAACACAUAUCCUAGCAUCUGCUCAGCGCUGUCCGCCCAUUUCAGGGGUUGAAGGUACAAUAGACUCUCAUCUCCGUGUUCUGCGAGAGCAAGAGCGUUGGAACAUUGAUGUCCUCCUCCGCAUGUUGACCGAGUUGCUACCAUUUAUUCACCAGAAAGCUAUAGAUACUUGCCCGAUUGCUGAUGAUCCUUCUACAGGCUCUACACCAGAGAGCUACUUCUCAGAAUCCUGCCUAAAACUGUAUGCAACAGGUGAAACAGAGUGGUCAGCAUUUGAGUGGAUGCACACGGAGUGUCUACCGGAUUUGAUCAAGCUUGCUUGCCUGUUGCCUGCUAAAGAGGAUAAUUUAAGAACAGUGAUCAGAAAGUAUCUAUUGGAUGUAUCGGGACGCUAUGGCAUAGAUUAUCUGGAACACAUUAUGCUACCUGUAUUUCUUGUAGCGGCUGGUGAUAUUGACAGCAGUGAUUUCACCUAUUUUCCUCUGGCAACCCAGUCUAGAGUUCGUGGUCUGCGCCCAAAAACUUCUGUUGCCGAAAAGCUUGGAAUUGUAUGUGUCCUUCCGUUGUUGUUAUCUGGUGUUUUGGGUUCUCCUUCAAGACGUCAACAAUUAGAGGAAUAUUUGAGAAAAUUACUUAUCCAGAACACCAAGGAUGGUUCAUUUUCUAUGCAUCACACUGCUGAGAUCAUUGACGCAGUUCGGUUUCUUUGCAUAUUUGAGGAGCACCAUGUUGCUGUCUUUAAUAUUGUGUGGGAGAUGGUUGUGAGCUCUGAUGCGAACCUAAAAACCAAUGCUGCAGCUCUACUGAAAGCACUUGUACCCUACAUUAGCGUGAAAGUAGCAUCGACUCAUGUUUUGCCAGCACUUAUAACUCUUGGUUCUGAUCAAAAUUUGACUGUAAAAUAUGCUAGUAUAGAAGCAUUUGGAGCUGUUGCUCAGCAUUUCAAAAAUGACAUGAUUGUUGACAAGAUACGAAUUCAAAUGGAUGCUUUUCUUGAAGAUGGAUCACAUGAAGCUACCGUUUCUGUCAUUCGUGCACUUGCAGUGGCGGUGCCACACACAACAGAUAGACUACGGGAAUAUCUUUUAACUAAGAUAUUUAAGCUGACGAGUGCCCCUCCUGCUGGAGAUGAUAUUGAACGGCGCCGUGAAAGAGCAAAUGUAUUCUGUGAAGCACUUCGUGCUGUGGAUGCUACAGAUCUUCCUGCUACAAGUGUACGUGAUCUACUUUUGCCCUCAAUACAGAACCUGUUAAAGGAUCUGGAUGCUCUAGACCCUGCACACAAGGAAGCACUAGAAGUGAUAGCCCGCGAAAGGUCAGGAGGCACGCUUGAGAGCCUUGGCAAGGUGAUGGGGGCACAUCUCGGGAUUGCAUCAUCGAUGAGCAGCUUCUUCGGCGAGAGCAGCCUCCUUGGGAAGAAAGAGAGCGGGGAACAACAACACGAUACUGCUGCCACAGCCCCCUCUCAGCCCGGCCCACAAACUCCGCAAGAGAACACAAGGUUUGGUCGUAUGAUGCUGGGUGGCUUUGGAGACAUGUUACGAGGCAAAGCAAAAGGCAGUGAUGAGCCCAGUUGAAAUUUGACAAAUUCAUGCUCAGUUGCUAAUUCUUCUCUCUUUUUUUUCCUCUCCAGAUCGAUUUUCUCUGAUAGUAUAUGCUAUUUGACAACCAUCAAGGUAUUCUUUUUGUUCAUUGUUGUAGUGGUAAGGUUACUCUCGGGGUCACGGUAGACUUGAGAUCACUACAUUUUCCCUUGCUGAGAGUAAAGCAGCCAUGUUUUUGUUGUAAUCCUAGAUCAAACUUCUGUAUAGAGUACAGGUAAAUCAUGUUGUAUAUUCUGAUCGAAUUACAGAUUUAGCAAUGCAAAUUUAUACUCUUUUAUGUUU